AUGUCUUCCAAAGUUAGGGCACAGAAGGAGGAGCAAUCUCCGGAGCUAGUGCAGUUUCAGAUUACGUCACUUCCAGAUGACGUCAUCCUUGAUAUCGUAGCACGUGUAUCGAGAUUCUACUAUCCGAGUAUCUCCCUCGUUUCCAAGAGUUUCCGAGCUCUCGUUGCGUCACCUGAGCUAUACAAGAUAGCUAUGUCGCGAUCUCACACGCUGAGGCCCAUACCGAACAUGCCUAAGCUGGAGUAUCGUAACGUCUCUGGCAUGAUCGACGGAAAGAUUUACGUAAUCAGAGAUUGUUUGUGUGACAAGGUGAGCGGGAGUGGUGGUGAGUGGCCCAAGAGAGUCAUGGUGUUGGAUACAGAAACUCACAUGUGGGAGCCUGUGAUGACAAAGCCAGACGUGGAGCUAGGCUGGACGUUUAAUGUUGUGGUGAUGGAGGAUAAGAUUUACAUAAAAGAUAAUAAGAAUAGCUUUGUUUAUGAACCAAGGCAAAAUAAAUGGGAACUCGACAAGAUGCUGGAUUCUAAAUACUGGGAGAAUGCAUGUGUCUUUGACGACAUAUUGUACUAUCACGAUAGUAAAGAGAACAAGUUAAGAGCCUAUGAUCCAAAGCAGAGGCGUUGGAGUGUGGUGCAAGGUUUGGAAGAUUUGUAG